UCUCGCCGGCGUAAAACCGUUUCAUUGCUUAUUGAAAAGAUCACAUGCGCUAAAGAUAAUUGUGGCGAAUCCUACAAGUAAAAAAAGAAAAGAAAGAAAUUAGUUGUUCCACAUAUCGGCUUAUAAAACCCGCGUGAGGCGACGUAAGAGGUUAGAAGAGAACCGAAAGUAGCAGUUGACGUUUCAAUGCUCGCUAACAAAAGUUCAUUCAUGGCGGUAAGGCCGAUAGUUUACAAACGUUAAUUGUGUAGCCUACACUGCUGUAACAUUGGAAAGAGAAACAUUUAAGACGUGUGGGCAGAAGUACAACUACAUUAGUUACUCUGCAUCCUGCUUGUGGUCAGCAGUCGUUGUUUUUUUAUUAAAGCGUGUUAGGUGUAUGUCGGUUUUUUUUUCUUUGUCGUUCAGCGCUGCAGCUAAACAUGGGUUGUUUAAUUCUUCAUACAGUGUUGUUGAUUCGGUGCUACUUACGUGACGAAAUACUUUCCGUAAAGUAACAACUUUUAUCCUGAUAUCAAUUAAGAAGACACCGUGCUUAUAUAUAUAUAUAUAUCUGAUGUUUUAUUUUUUCAAUUAUUUUUUGUGAUUUGCAGAGUUUGACGGUAAGAGAGUGUGAGAAACGUUUAUUAGGCUCGUAUGAGAUAUAUAUUUGCUACAACUAAUAAAACAUGAACAAGGUGAAUACAAUCGAUUGCGGGACUACCGCGGGACUAUCCGACGGUUACGACGAAGAUUCCCUACAGGGUUCCACGGACACUGAAGCUAGCUCACCCAGUGUUUUAGCAGGGAUGUCGACGGCAGCUUCGAGCAACGACUCCCUCGAGUCGAACCCGACUAUUCAGGAUGCUGUGUCUAAAGUCCUCGACAGUUACGACUGGUCCCAAGUCGCUAAGAGCAGCCGACAGAGCAGCGCGGACAAACGGAAACCUCACGUGAAACGGCCGAUGAACGCCUUUAUGGUUUGGGCUCAGGCCGCUAGACGGAAGCUAGCAGAUCAGUACCCACAUUUACAUAAUGCCGAACUCAGCAAGACCCUGGGUAAAUUGUGGAGGGUCCUGGGCGACGAUGAGAAGAAACCUUUCAUUGAUGAAGCUGAAAGACUGCGUUGCAAACACAAGAAAGACCACCCCGACUAUAAAUAUCAACCAAGACGAAGAAAACCUCCAAAAAGUUCAGCAUUCGCCACCUCUUCAACCUCUGUUUCAGAACCACCCCAUUUACCAAUAAAACACUUAACUUCUUCUAUAAGUCAUCGGAAUAACAUUGGAGCAGACACUUCAGAAAGUGACAAUAGGUCAUACGGCGCCCUCUACUCCGGUCGCAGUGCCGCUUAUCCUCCACAUCAGAGCCCACCAACACCACCUACGACACCCUAUCAUGGCGCCAGAAUCCUUCACCACAGAAGUAGAGAAGACAUAAAUCCGCUAACUUCGGAUGGGAUCAUACUCCAAUCAAGCAGAGGUUCCACGCACGAAACAGUUAGCUUCCACUCAGGCACGGGUAAUUCGAUAGGAGUGCCAUCUAGGGAGUCUCAGUGCAAAUACGCAAGGGUAGAAGAAUCACCGUCAAACCAAGUACCAACAGUAGGAUCUCACGGAGCAGUUGACCCUUAUGUUCACCUAGGCUUAGCUGGAACUCCUCAGUAUCCUCACAUCCCGCACGGAAACCUGACUAUGCACGGAGCUGGAACCGGUGCUUCACCUACUCCACCUUGGGGCCGGUUUUCUUCCGAUCAGUUCUCACAGGAUCGUCUUCGGGUAAGCUGCUUAUCUAGUGCGCACGUAUCUCGUGAUGAUCACCACAUGGUGAGCGAGGGCUUAAUCGUGACCCCAAGUUGCAAAGAAGAAGGUCUAACGGGGGAUCGAGGAGUAGGAAACCCGCCACUGGAACUUUAUCGGACCCCCAAUUAUAGCACAGAUUAUUCCAUUCGACGUUCAGGAUCUACAGGCUUGAUGGAAUCAGAUGGCUUCUCCCAUUGCAGUAAAGCCUUCACAGCUCCAUCAGCGUUGCUGGGAGUACAAAGCUACCCUAUGUUUAGUCAUGUAGUUUCUGGCUCCCAGGGGGAGCCACCACUGUUUGUGCCAGACAGCAGGCCACAGCUUGAAGCCACGAACUCGUGUGUUUACAGCUCAGGUCACGCGCUCGGUCAUUUUCUCCAGCCCAGAUAACAAGUUUACUUAAUAUAUGUGUGUAGAAAUUUUUUUAUAUAUAGAUAUACAUACGCCUCUUUCUUUAGAUAUAAAUACCUCUCUAUAUAGAUAUACAUAGAUUACACAGUGUUUUGGUUUGAACUUUAACCAAUGGUGUUGGUUUAAAUCAUUUAUAUGUUUUUAAAUCAAUAAACUGUUGAUGCAGAGCCUUAAACCAUACGUUUUAUGAUCAUUUUGUGCUUGAAUAUGUUUCGUGGUGUCGAUUUCAUUUGCAUAAUGUAGUUAUUACGAGAAAAGAGUAUUCUGCAGCCUUUUUAAAUAACCUGCAAACAAACACGCAAGUUAGAUAUUACUGCACGAUAUUAAAAUAGUGCAUACUUUAAAGUUAUGGCAUAUGGUAAUAACUGAUCGUUUUUUUCCCCCUUUAUGAAGAAAAAACUGAUUAUUUAACACUUGUCAAACUGCUUUCGAAUAUUUACGAAACAUCCAGAUGCAUACGGAAAGACAAUAGCAUUUUCUUCCAAAGUGCCUGAUGUAUAUAAUGUUCGCUUUAAUUAUUCACAUUAGAAAAAAAAAAUGAAUAAAAUAUGUAGCUGGUUUAUAUUUACCAAAAGUCACAUAGGUAGAAAUGGCUUAGUUAGAAUGCCUCGUGCUGAAUUUACGUAAAAUUAAUAAGAUACACUAAAAAACAAAUGAUAAAUAUGAUGCAAAACGUAUUCGGGUUACCAUACAUUUUGUUUAGCACAAAGCAACACAAUGUGCUAUCUUUGCUUUGCCAUCGCGGGUAUCAAAACCCGAGUUUUAGUGUUGCGAGCCUUCAGAUUUAUCGCUGAGCCAUCCGGGGCGUUAAAAUACGUAAUGAUAAGUGUAGAGAAAGCUUGCUUUAUCUAAAGUAAUCAAAAGUAGGUAAAAUCAAAUGUUGUUUCCUUAUUAUUUUUCUUUUGUAAUAAUCAUCUUUUAUGUAAAAAAAAAACUUCUGAUAAAACUAAGGUAAGAUUCUGGGCAUAAAGGCUGUUUAUUAACUUUUAUGAAAAUUUAUUUAUUAAAGUAUUUUCUUCCUUCGUUUUUAGGAAUUUGAAUCGUGGAAAAAUUUAAAGUACCUGAGGUAUCUUUAUAUUGUAAUUAUGGAUUUUUCUGUUUUAUGAAAUGUUAAGAAACAAAGAAACAAUUUUUUUCUAUGAAACUCGAACUUUUUGUUUGCAAAUCCUAAACUAUUUAUAUAAAAAAAUAAGUUUUCCCAGUUUUACAAACAUUUCACAUUGAAAAAUUAUACUAAGAAAUUUGUGGUUUCAACAAAGCUUUCAUUGAACAAAAGUAUUUAAUUUAAACUUUGCUUUGCAAAAGGAAUGAACCACGUUGUAUAGAAAGAAGUCGAAUAGACACCUAACAACAAAAUGUUUAAAUCGCGAAGUAUUAAAUA